AUGAUGAACGGCCAUGCGUUUAAUUACAUCGACAGACAACAAUCUCAAGCAAGUGGAAAUUCAGAAAAAUCUCAUAAAGUGCAUUGUGCAAAUUGGAAGGAAGAAGUUCACUUAUGUAAAGAACUGAAAGCGUUGACAAGACAAGAAAAUAGCACAAUAAAACGCAUCUUCUGUGAUCAAAAAAUUGUCGCCAAUAAAUUUCGUCACCGUGUUUACCGAACUAUGGAACUUAUUAAAACUCAUGAGGAACUAAAAGUUGGAAUGGCAAGUAUCAGAAGUACAAAUAAUUCGGCAUAUGGAAAAUUUCAACCGAAAUAUAAUGCCCCUGGACUGUUAUUCACGGCCAAUGUUGAUAAAGCUUCAAGUCUUGGUUUAAAUGUAAAGGAGAAAUUUAAUCAUUUGCUCAAGCGUCCAGUGACAGCGAGUGAGUUGCGUGUACAAGCAUGGGAACGAAAGAUACAAACGAUGAGCUCCAAACUGCAACGAGCACAUAGUGCCCCCGCACUGAGACCAAAUUUCCAUUCUGUCGAAGAGAAAUAUAUUACGAAGUUGAAUAACUCAAAAAUUUGUAAAACUGUUGAUAGAAAGUCUAGAAAUAGGUACAUGUCAGUGAAAUACAAGGAUGUGAGCAGGGAUGUAGAAGUGGCUAAGCAAAGGGAAGCCGUUAUGAGUUUUAUUGAAAAAAUCAAAGAGUUGCACUGA